AUGAAGUUCUCUCAGGCUUCUCUCCUGGCGGCUUGUCUGCCUGCCGUGUCAGCUCGCUUCAUCGAAAUCAACGAAGCCAACAACGUCGUUGUCGAGCCCGAAGAGCUGUACCUUAUUGAGACUGCUCCUGGCAGGACACAAUGGGUCACCGAGGAGGACAAGUGGGAGAUGCGCCGUAAUGGCAAGAACUUCAUGGACAUUACCGAGACGACUACGCUCGGCUCCAGAAAUCUCAACGCUGAGAGCACCGUCACGUUCCCCGACAAGUGCGUCAAGCACGACGAGGUCAAAAAGCUCUCCAAGAAGCUCGAGAAGAAGAACAUGCAGGCCAACCUUGAGAAGUUGACCAGCUUCCACACCCGAUACUUCAAGUCCGACUACGGCUUACAGUCAUCUGACUGGGUUCUUGAGAAGGUCAACCAGAUCAUCAAGGACGCUGGCGCCGAGGAUACCGUUGUCGCUCAGAGCUUCCCUCACACAUGGAAGCAACAUUCCGUCAUUGCGACAAUCCCUGGUCAAUCCAACAGCACUGUUGUCAUUGGCGCUCACCAGGAUUCCAUCAACCUUUUCCUUCCUUCCAUCCUCGCCGCUCCUGGCGCCGACGACGAUGGCAGUGGCUCAGUCACUAUCAUGGAGGUGUUCCGCGCUCUUCUCAACUCUAAGGACGUUGUUAAGGGUAAGGCUCCCAACACAAUUGAGUUCCACUGGUACUCAGCCGAGGAGGGUGGUUUGCUCGGAAGCCAAGCCAUCUUCCAGCAAUAUGAAGCGACUGGUCGCGAUGUCAAGGCUAUGCUUCAGCAAGACAUGACUGGUUAUAUCCAGAAGACCAUCGACGCCGGUCAGCCCGAGAGCGUUGGUGUCAUUACUGAUUUUGUCGACUCUGGCUUGACUAAGUUCAUCAAGACUGUCGUUGAGGAGUACUGCGAUAUUCCUUGGGUGGAGACCAAGUGCGGUUACGCCUGCUCUGAUCACGCUUCCGCUUCCAAGGCUGGCUACCCCUCGGCUUUCGUUAUCGAGUCCGCAUUCGAGUACUCCGACCCUCACAUUCACGGCACCGACGACAGCAUCAAGUACCUGUCUUUUGACCACAUGCUCCAGCAUGCCAAGAUGACCCUUGGUCUCGUUUACGAGCUGGGCUUCUAUGACUUUGAUGGCAAGUCUGAGGAGAAGUGGAGUGACCUGUAG